AUGGUGUUAGUGUAUCACACAGGAGACAUCCAGAAGGUAAUUAUAUUCAAGCAAAUAGGGAGCACUGGAGAGGCUAAGUUACGCUGUAGCGACUGCUUCGUGUGGAACCGGCAGCAGACGUGGCUGUGCGUGGUGCCUCUGCUCAUCGGCUUCAUCGGCCUCGGGCUCAGCCUGAUGCUCCUCAAAUGGAUCGUGGUGGGCUCCGUCAAGGAAUACGUGCCCACCGACCUGGUGGACUCCAAGGGGAUGGGCCAGGACCCCUUCUUCCUCUCCAAGCCCAGCUCCUUCCCCAAGGCCAUGGAGACCACCACCACGACCACUUCCACCGCGGCCCCCGCGACCCCCGCCUCCGGCGGCGCCGCCUCUUCCAGGACGCCCAACCGGAUUAGCACCCGCCUGACCACCAUCACGCGGGCGCCCACUCGCUUCCCUGGGCACCGGGUGCCCAUUCGUGCCAGCCCGCGCUCCACCACGGCACGGAGCACGGCGGCCCCCUCGACGGUCCUGUCCACCACGGCCCCUGUCUUCAGUAGCAGCACGCCCGGCUCCCGACCCCCGGCGCCAGGAGCCCCCAGCACCCAGGCAAUGCCCUCCUGGCCCACUGCGGCAUUCGCUACCUCCUCCUACCUUCACGAUUCCACUCCCUCCUGGACCCUGUCUCCCUUUCAGGAUGCUGUCGCCGCCUCCUCCUCCCCCACCACCACCACCUCGUCUUCCUCCUCUACCACCACCGCCACGCCGGAGACCAGCACCAGCCCCAAAUUUCACACCACCACGUAUGCCACCGAGCGGUCCGAGCACUUCAAGCCCUGCCGAGACAAGGACCUGGCCUACUGUCUCAACGACGGCGAGUGCUUCGUGAUCGAAACCCUGACCGGAUCCCACAAACACUGUCGGUGCAAAGAAGGCUAUCAAGGAGUCCGUUGUGAUCAAUUUCUGCCGAAAACUGACUCCAUCUUAUCGGAUCCAACAGACCACUUGGGGAUUGAAUUCAUGGAGAGUGAAGACGUUUAUCAAAGGCAGGUGCUGUCAAUUUCAUGCAUCAUCUUUGGAAUUGUCAUCGUGGGCAUGUUCUGUGCAGCAUUCUACUUCAAAAGCAAAAAACAAGCUAAACAACUUCAAGAGCAGCUGAAAGAGCCGCAGAGUGGUAAAAACUACAGCCUCAAAGCAUCCAGCACAAUGGCAAAGUCAGAGCACCUGGUGAAGAAUCAUGUGCAGCUGCAGAAUUACUCAAAGGCGGAGAGGCGUCCUGUGACGGCACUGGAGAAAAUGAUGGAGUCAAGCUUUGCUGGCCCCCAGUCAUUCCCAGAGGUCCCUUCUGACAGAGGAAGCCAAUCUGUCAAACACCACAGCCGGAGUCUCUCCUCCUGCUGCAGUCCAGGACAGAGGAGUGGUGUGCUCCACCGGAACGCCUUCAGGAGGACACCCCCCUCACCCCGAAGUAGGCUGGGCGGGAUUGCGGGGCCAGCUUAUCAGCAACUUGAGGAAUCAAGGAUCCCCGACCAGGAUACAAUACCUUGCCAAGGGAUAGAGGUCAGGAAGACUAUAUCCCACCUGCCUAUACAGCUGUGGUGUGUUGAAAGAUCCCUGGACUUAAAGUAUUCAUCCGCCGGUUUAAAAACCCAACAGGAUGCAUCAGUCCAUAUGCAACUGCCUUCGAGAGAGACAAACUCUUAUUUUAAUAGCUUGGAUCAAAAGGACCUGAUGGGAUAUUCAUCCCCAAGGGCCAGUUCGGUGCCCAUCAUCCCUUCAGUGGGGCUAGAGGAAACCUGCAUGCAAAUGCCAGGGAUUUCUGACGUCAAAAGCAUCAAAUGGUGCAAAAACUCCUACUCUGCUGAUAUUGUCAAUGUGAGUAUUCCAGUCAGCGAUUGUCUUUUAGCAGAACAACAAGAAGUGAAAAUACUGCUAGAAACUGUCCAGGAGCAGAUCCGAAUUCUGACUGAUGCCAGGAGGUCAGAAGACUACGAACUAGCCAGUGUAGAAGCUGAGGACAGUGCGAGUGAAAACACCGCCUUUCUCCCCCUGAGUCCCAUGGCCAAAUCGGAACGUGAGGCACAAUUAAUCUUAAGAAAUGAAAUACAAAGAGACUCUGCGUUGACCAAGUGA